AUGGCUCAUCCAUGGGUUCAGGAGAUGCAUCUUCGUCGCUUGAACAUUUCUGUCACUGUUGAUAACAUGUUUUUAGUUACCCCAUCAAAGCCUAUCGAUGCUAAACCAGGAGAGAGUCUAUAUCUUUCCAACCUCGAUGACAUGAUUGGGGCUCGCGUUUUUACACCCACAGUGUACUUCUAUCAAACAAAUGAACCGCAUUAUUAUGAAGAAAACCAAAAGCCUCUCAUUAAAACCCUGCGUGAUGCUCUUGCUGAUGUUCUGGUCCCUUAUUACCCUCUUUCAGGCAGGCUUCGAGAGACAAAGAAUGGGAAACUUGAAGUGUUCUUCGGAUCAAAUCAAGGGGCACUCAUGGUGGAGGCACAUUCUGGAACUACAUUAUCUGAACUAGGAGAUCUUACAGCACCAAACCCAGAUUGGGAACCCUUGAUCUUCAAGUUUCCCAAUGAAGAACCAUACAAAGUACUUGACAUGCCGUUGCUUAUUGCACAAGUAACCAUUUUCCGUUGUGGUGGCUUUAGCCUUGGCUUGAGACUCUGCCACUGUAUCUGUGACGGCUUAGGAGCCAUGCAGUUCCUAAGUGCAUGGGCUGCCACUGCAAGAACUGGGACCCUCAUAACAGACCCUAAGCCAUGUUGGGAUAGAGAAAUGUUUCGACCUCGGAGUCCACCCGUAGUGAAGUUUCCCCACAUGGAAUUUAUGAGAAUUGAAGAACGUUCCAGCCUCACAAUGAAAUUAUGGCAAAGCAAGCCUGUUCAAAAGUGUAUUAGGAUUAGCAAGGAGUUCCAGACCUGGCUCAAGGCUAUGGCCCAACCAUUUGAUCUUGUAGGCUGCACCACUUUUGAUGCCAUGGCUGCUCAUAUUUGGAGAUCAUGGGUACAAGCCCUUGAUGUGAAACCACUUGAUUAUCAACUUAGGCUAACAUUUUCAGUCAAUGCAAGGCAGAAACUAAGGAACCCGCCAUUGAAAGAUGGGUUCUAUGGCAAUGUGGUGUGUGUGGCUUGUGCAACGAGCACUGUGUCUGAUCUGGUUCAUGGACAACUCCCUGAAACAACUUGUUUGGUUCGUGAAGCAAGAAAAGGCGUCUCUGAAGAGUAUUUAAGAUCUACAGUGGAUUAUAUUGAGGUGGAUAGACCAAAGCAACUUGAGUUUGGUGGUAAACUGACUAUAACUCAGUGGACAAGAUUCUCUAUAUAUAAAUCUGCAGACUUUGGGUGGGGAAAGCCACUUUAUGCUGGUCCCAUAGAUUUGACACCUACCCCACAAGUUUGUGUGUUUUUACCUGAAGGGAACGGUGAUUGUUCCAAUGGUUCUAUUAUAGUGUGCAUAUGCUUGCCUGAAUCUGCUGUUCAAAGGUUUCUGCAAGCUUUGCUGCCAAAUUCUGAGUUGACUUGA